GAAGUCGAUCAGACACCAUGCAAACGGAACAAGAUUUGGACAUAUCGGUCAUCUUCUCGACGUUUUUCUUGAGGAACAUCGGCUUAUGGAUAUCUAACAAUCGCGCGGAAAACUGUCGGAUGAAAAUAAAGCUAAUGUGCACACUAUUCAAUUCGAUAGAUGCCUCGAUCGUCAUUAUGAGAGAUUUCUAUUUUACUUGGUUAUACAAAGGCGACAUUCUUUACGUUACUACCAACACAUUAACUGUGACAAUGGGUUUAAUCAAGAUAUGUAUCAUACUAAUGCAUAAAAGGGAAUUUAUAAAUCUGAUUACGUACACGCAACGAAAUUUCUGGAAUGUUAACUACGAUACACGCGAAAAAGAAAUUUUAAAUAAUUGCAGAAAGACUUGCACCUUUUUCGUCUGUUCUGUCAGCGCCAUUGGCAUAUGUGCUAUGCUAGCUUAUCUGUCAACACCGCUUAUAGCAAAUGCUGGGAAAAAUAAAUCAGAAAGAAUAUUGCCAUUCAACGUGUGGCUAAAUUUACCAGUAUCUAUAUCGCCUUACUACGAAAUAGGAUUCCUUAUACAGACGAUAAGUUUGUAUUACAUAGCGGUCAGUUAUUUUUGCUUCGAUAACGUUUUCUGCAUCCUGGCCAUACAUUUGACUGGCCAGUUUCGCAUACUUCGAUACAGGUUCGCAAAACUGUGUGACAUGGAACAUCAGAUAACAGAGAAAGACACGGGAUUGAUGAUAACAAAGCAUGUGCAUACAUUUUACGAGCAAUUGAAGUUGUACAUUCGACAACAUCAGACACUGAUUGAUUUUUGCAACAGGCUUGAAGACAUAUACACGAUGCUAAUAUUUGGACAAGUGUUGGUAUUUAGCGUGUUAAUUUGCCUGUUUGCUUAUCAGGGACUAGUGGUUGCUGCUCCUUUUGCGAGACGUUCCAUCUUCGUCUUUCUUUUAAUCGGUUCAAUGGCUCUAUUGUUUAUGUUCACCUAUAGUUGUGACGGUGUGAUAGAACACAGUGAGAAAGUUGCUAUAGGAGCAUAUUCAGCGCUGUGGACGAUCAUGCCAAUGAACAAACCUGGUAGGAUGCUGCGAAACGAUCUGAUAAUGGUGAUUGAACGAUCAAGACGAGUUUGUUGUCUUACUGCGAACAAAUUUUUUCCUGUAUCAUUGGAGACUUACACUACGAUUUUGUCUACCGCAGUAUCGUAUUUCACGUUGUUAAGGAAUAAUGUAGAAGAUAAAAAUGUAGAUUGAUUGAUAAAGCAAAUCACCAACAAACUCCGUAGAGUAUUCGAAGAAAAUUGCCUACGAUACUAUACAACAAAAUUGAAUGUUUACAUUUAAUUAAGGAAAAAAAAUUAUUGAAGGGAAAAUAACUGAUAAUUUAAUCUUAGUAUAUGUAUAAUCAAUAAUCAGUAUGGAAUUUUUCGUAUAUGAU